AUGUCUUUCGAGGUCUAUCGGGUUGCCUACGCUGGUGUGCCACGUGACCACCACGCUAUUUUCGUGGUAACAGAUGACGAUCAAUCUGGCCAUCUCUUCCAAGUAACGGGCAAUAUUCAAAAUGGAAUGACUUUCGAGGAUAAACCCGGCAAGAAGCCUGAGGAGUCUGCGAGUUUUCAAAGCAAGGUUUUUGUUGGAAAGGUGUCGGCAGCGGUGGAGCGACGUUGA